CUGCUGUCUCCUCAGCUGCAGGUUCAGUCCUCUCUGCCCCUGCUUCCUGUCACAUGGGCUGGAAAUAGGAUCCGUGUUUUCUACUAUCUGCUGUGGGCUGUCAGAGUCGCAGUGGCUGCUGUACCUGCCUUUUAAAGUCCGGCUCUUUGAGGGGAACAAAACGCCGGGACUCCUGCACCGACAGGGUUAGACAGCCGACCCGAUCCGUGGAUCCUGCGCAUCAGACCGGUCCACCUGAGAGCCACUUCAGACUCAACUCUCAGCAUGGAUUCCUCCUGGACCGUCACUUCUGCGCUCCUCCUCGCUGCCUUCAUUUCCUCUGCGGCUUUCAGUCCCUUUGACACCGAUUUCAAAUUAGAGGGUCCACCAUCUGGGCUAGUGCAGUGUUAUACGGCCAAUGGAGAGGACUACAGGGGCUUCCAGAACCAGACCAGCCUGCUUGGUGGAAAACCCUGCCUCUUCUGGAAUGAGACUUUCCAGCACCCUUACAACACCCUGAAGUAUCCCAAUGGAGAAGGAGGUCUUGGAAGCCACAACUUCUGCAGGAAUCCCGACGGGGACGUUCAGCCGUGGUGCUACAUCCCCGAUCACGAAGACGGGAUCUACUGGAAGUACUGCGACAUCCCAACAUGCCAGAUGCCAGGAAACUUGGGCUGCUUCAGGGACAGCGGACACCCUCCAACCCUGUCCGGCGCCAGCGAGAUCAACAAUAAACUCACUAUUCAGAACUGCAUCAGCUUCUGUCGGAGGAAAAGAUACAAGCUUGCAGGUAUGGAGUCAGGAUACGCCUGUUUUUGUGGCAACGAGGUGGACAUGCAAGAGCGCGGCGAGUCGUCCAACACGGAGUGCAACCACGUUUGUUUUGGCGAUCACACUCAGCCCUGCGGAGGAGACGGCUGGAUGAUCGUCUUUGACACCCAGGUGGGCGCCUGUGGUGGGAACUACACCUCACCAUCCGGAGUGAUCUACUCCCCCGAUUUCCCUGACAAAUAUGGGGCCAGUCGUGUUUGCUACUGGACCAUCCAGGUUCCCGGUUCCUCCUCCAUCCUCUUCAACUUCACCUUCUUUGACAUCUCGGACCAGACGGACAUGGUGGAGCUCCUGGACGGCUACACCAACCAAGUGGUGGCCCGCUUCGACUGGCGCAGCCCGCCGCGGGAGCUGCUGAACGUCACGGGCGACUUUGUCAUCCUGUACUUCUACUCAGACCGCACCAACCAGGCCCAGGGCUUCGCUCUUCUCUACCAAGCUUUCAGAAGCCAGGACAGCCUAACGGCAGAGGCCGAAGGCGGCGACGAGGACGAAGGAGCCGGAGCCUCCAGCACGGUGGAGCCGCGGCCGGCCAGCGGCGUCACCGAGCGAUCCAACAGCACGUCUAACAGGCGCUCCUCUCAGCUGCUGUACGUGAUCACGUCCAGCCCCGGGAAACCGGAGCACAACAUGCCAGGUCAGUGGGCUGGACGCGGCGAGACCACCGGCCACAACGCUAUGUGGACCAUCUACGCUCUGGCUGCUCUCCUCAUCCUGACGGUGAUAGCCAUGGUGGCGAAGCUGCUGCUGCACGUCUCAGUCAAGUCUCAGAACAUCCCGACCGUCAGCGGCUCCGACAGCUGCAGCCAGAGUACCGUGUCCUCCGAGCCGUGGAUCAUCCUUUACCGACCCUCCACCAUCUCCCUCUUCAAGAAGAAGCUAAAGAACCACCACGGCGACCUCAGCCCUCUGGUGGGCCACUAGCGCUCCCGCUUCGCGCUCCGCCACCACCCAACGCCGCCAUCCACUCCGUUCAAGGGUCAUCAGACGCUGAGGCCCUCAGAACACGAAACUCUAUGAGGCGCUACGCUAACAAGCCAAACGACUGAGUGGCUAAUGACAACUGACUCAGACAGCCUUCGGGUCGAUGAGGCCAGUCAUACCCAUCCGUCUCAGCACCAAAGACAAACGGUCAGACAGGACCGUCAGGGUCCGCAGUGAUAGAGACGAGGGUAAAAGACUGGACGGAGGAAGAACCGUGACUCUAAAACCAACCUAAAGAAGCUUUUAAAAAGCAGGAGACCGUUUUCAUCAUCACCUCAGAAAUCCCUCCAGACUGCAGACUCCUGAGUGGGAACAAAUCCAGCUGGGGGUCCGAGUGACAGCUAACUUCAGUUCAGUAGCAACUGCAGCUUCAUCGUUUAAAAAAAAAAAAGGAUGAAGGACACAUAAGCUGUUUUAACUGCCUCAUAUGAACAUUUCGCAGCCAAAAGCCAGAAUUCCUCCCUUCUGAAGAGUUGGAUAUUUGUUUUUCUUCACUCUUUUGUUUUUUAACAUUAAAAAGUUAUUAUUUUUUUUAGUUGACGGGAAAAGGUUGAGGAAGUGUCCCACCAUUGGUUUUGUUGCAAAAACUAAAAAUAGGAGGGAGAGAGCUACAGGUAAACGUCAAUAAAUAAGAAUAUUAUGGAAAUGGUAUUUAUUUAACCAGGCAAAUCCCUUUGAGAUCUCCUUUUUGCAAGCGAGGCCUGGGCCUGAAGGUAACCUUACGUUGUUGGUCUGUGGGAGGAAACUGGGGAAAAAACACACAAACUUCAGGACCAGUUCUGACCACUGAUCUGUUUUACAUAAUUCAGUGCAGAUUUGUGACACCCAGAUGGAUUUACCAUAUUUCAAGUGUUUCUUUGGUAAUUUGAUGAUUAUGGCUUACAGCGAAUAAAAAGUCUAAAUUUA